CGGCAGCCAUUCGCCAUAUUGCGUAGAGAUUUGUACCAACAUUCAUUAGCUGACUUUGCUUUUGUAAUUCUUGCUUUCGUCGUGUUACUGUUCGAAAUAUUUCGUGUUUAAUUGCUAUUUAAUCUAGUCAAUAACUCUGAUCCGUGAUUUCAUUUCAUAUAAAUUCUUGUUUGCGUCAUUUUCAAUCAAAACCCGAACGGAUUCCAGUAAAAUUACAAAGAUGGCGAACCGCAGACCACAACCGGGACGCCGUACGGACUUCGGUAGAAACGACCGUGGGAAAAACUUUCCACGUAACAAUGUGUCCCCGUGGCAGUCCGGAGGCCCGGGGGAGCGGUUACCCAACCUUUUCCCUCUGGCUGGAGGCUCCGCCGAGGCCACGCUGGCUCUUGCCAGUAACCUCCUUAAUUUGUUCCAACCGAAGCAGAACCCGGUCCCAUCACUCCUAGACAUGCCCAUUAGAAGGGAUUUUGGGCCUAAUAUGGGUCGGUUUGACCGUGGGUAUGAGCCUAAUAGGAUGGGCAAUCAUGGUAAUUUCCGGCGUACGGGAAAUUACAAUCGCGCUGGUGAGCGUAUCAACAUGAAUCGUAAACCGUUCAGGCCCAAUGAAGGGCAACGACAGCAUAACAAGAACUCCCCGAAAAAGGAAACCGAUUCUAAAGCUAAGCCUGUUAAGGAGAGUGAACAAGAAGAGAAGACUACUGAGACUGACAAACCUGAAAAUGAGAGAAAAGAGCCGGAAGAGAAUGAAAAGCAAGAUGUCCCUAAAACGCGCUAUGAUGACAUCAACUCAAAGCUGCUGAAAUGUCACAUCUGCCACAAGAGCAUGUGGGAUGGACGUUCAUUUGAGAAUCAUCUCAGUGGAAGAGCUCAUGCCAUUAUGAUGCAAAAGACUGUUGAGAGCUAUGCUCUUACUGCUGAUACCAUGAGACAAGAAUAUAAGAUUCGCGAAAUGAAACGCACCCGCAAAUCUGGUCAGCAACCAGCUAGAGACUUCUACUGUGCUAUGUGUGAUAUGUAUGCGGCCAACGGAGCAGCUCACCGGACUACCGUUGGACACCGGAAGCUUAAGAAAUACCUACAUCCCUUCUGUAAUACUUGCCACAAGGAGUUGCCAACUAGAAUUGAAUUAGAUGAACACCGUCUCACUGCUGAACAUUUGCGUGCAAUUCAGGAUAAACAAGAUGUACUUUCAAAGCCCAAGCCUGAAAUGUUGAUGAUUUCAACUUUGGGCAUGGAGCAGUCAUACCUGUGUGAGCGUCGUCAGCGUAGACCACGCAGGGAUGAUGUUCAAGAAGAGAAGCAUGAUGAUAAUGAUAAAACUGAUGAACAGCAAACUGACACUGAAAACAAAGAAAAGAUUGAAAAUGAAGAUCAAGAGAUGAAAGAUGUGAGUGAGAAGGCUGAUAGUAAACCUGUUGAUGAUGAAAAGGUCAUCCUGGACUUCAAAGAAGAUGAUGAUCUCAGCUAUGUCACUCAGGAUAUGUUCCCAAGUUACAGUACGGAACGUGGUGUUGGUCAAUCGUUCUUGACUGAGUUCCGCUGCAUACAAUGCAAGCUGUGCAAGAAACUCCUCGAUUCGCAGGAAACUGCUGAUGUGCACUUGAGAACCUGGAGACAUCACGUUUUCUUCCUGAAGAUGCUUUCUGAGAAGACUGGACACAAACCAGCGGGACCUCAAUCCACUGAGAAUUCAAAUGGGAAACGUCCUUCUGAACGCAACGAUCAAUCUGGUAACUGGAAGAGACGCAAGACAUCCUCCGAUCAUGAAGGACAAGAUUAUGAAAAUGAUAAUGACAACGACAAUGACAAUGACAAUGAACAUGCUAAUGAAUAUACAGACACAAACCGCGAUGAACAAUUUGAUGACGGUAUUCCAAAUAAUGAUGAUCUUGAAGAUUGGGAACAGUCUGUUGAUGAAAUACUGGAAGAUGAGAAGAAAGCCCAAGAAGAACUUGGUGAACCAGAUAUAAAACCCAAAAUAGAACCUGAAGUGACAGCCGAAAUCGAGGAUCCAGUAGAAGAGAAGCCUGAAGUAGCGGAAGUAAUUGAACAGCCCCCAGAAAAAGAAAAAAGUCCUCAAUUAGCUCUACCCGUGCCAGAUGUGAAACCGAAACCCUCACCGAGAGCUAGAGCACGCGGUAGAGGCAGGGGCCGUGGCAGAUAUUAGAACAAGUGUAUGUUGUCCCAGAACUUGCUAGUUACAGGCAACUAAAAUUACUGCUUUGGAUAAAAAUAUUUACUAUGCAAGCGAAAUAAGGACAGGAUUGACUUUCUACCAAAUUAAUUAUCCAAAAUAAUAUCUGUAAAUAAUCUAUAAAUAAAAUCCUAUGUUGAUGAAUUAUGGAAAUCACAAAAAAAUCUCAUUGAAAUUGUGUUCCACCGGCAAAUCCUAUUCUUAUUUUGAUUACAUUUUAUUUACAUUACUGUAUUGUGGUAAACUUUUCGCUCAUGCAAGUUUCACCAACUAUCUAAUCUAAUGUCUAAUAACAUACACAAAAUAUUUAUAUUGUGAUGUGAAGGUUUCUGUUUGUCUCCUAAAAGAUUUAAGAGUACUAAACUAAAUGGAAUGAGAGUUUCAAAAGAUUUAACUUAAAAAGACAGCUGUAAGUUACAGGACAUAAUGUAUUCCUUGCAUGUGUUAUUUAAGUAUGAAAAUUCUCAAUAUUUAAAUAAUUAUAAUUUCAAUAUCUUUGCAUGUAAUAAUGGAAAUCAAAUUGAUUUUUACUUUUACUCUUUGUUUUAAGUUACUUACUUUAAAAUUCGACCAACAAAGAAACAUAGCCACUGUCAAGUAAAAUUAAAUCAAUUUUAUCGCCUUUAUUACGUUACAUAAUAUUAAUCCAAGUUACUCCAUUAGUAAUUAGAUAAAAUCAUUUUUUUACUUACUUAUUUUUAGCGUUUUAUCACUUGAUUGAAUUGAGAAUGUUAGAUCUCAGUCAAUUGAUAUUUAUAACAUAAAAUUAUAUUAGAAGUUGUUUAAGCAUAUUACACCAACUAAAAUGAUAGUGAACCAUCUAAAACAGCUUCAAAAUAUCAAUAAAAUUUCAAGUAAGAGUACCCCAUAGAUUGGAGGGAAUAAGGACUCUGGGUAGAAUAAAGACAAAUCUGAGAUUUUCUUUACAGGCAUAGUGAGCAUUAAUGUUGUGUUGAACUGAAUGGUCCAAUUUUAAUUUGAAGCUUGCAAUAUUUUUUCUAUAAUUUAGCAAAACUCCGUCAUCUUAUCACUGUCAAUUUAAUAAAAAAACGAUCAUUUGUCAAUAGGAUCGGAAAGCUCUAUAAUGUCGUCUUCAAAACGAUUUAAUUAUCUUGACUAUUUGAAAUUUGUGUGAAGCGAAGUUUGGAUCUAUUCAGAUAAAUAGUUUGUACCUACCUAAACAACUAAACAGUACCAGUACUCACCAGCCCUAUUGAAAAACUAUUGUCUCCAUAUGUGGCAUGAUAGUUUUAUUUUAUUUUUAUGUAUAUUUUGCAAUGAACUAUAUAUAAUAAUGCAUUGUAUAUGAAAAUUUAAACUUCCGGAACCAUUUUAAUCUCAAUUUUAUUGGUAUUACCCUAAGAAAAACUGCUGAAAAUUUGUUUUGGAAAUGGAAAGUGUCCCAAUCUAUGGUACUAAAAUAUAAGUAACAGUCUUGUGUAAUAGUUUUAUAAGAAAUAUGAGAAGAAUAGUUCUGCCAAAAUUAAAAUGUACACCUUUUUCAUAUGGCUCACUACCACUUAAAGUGUGAUGUAUUAAAUAUAGUCUAGUUAUGUAGUGAUUUUUAUUAUUGUGCUUAAAAGAUUGAUAAUGAAGUGAACGAAAUUACGAUAAAUAUUGAAUUAUGAAUAGUACCGUACCUGUUUCUAAAUAACCAUUUUUUAUCAAUAGUGCCUUUGGGAUAAUUUGUGUAUAAACUCCAUAAUAAAAAAAAUUUAGAAGCAUCAACCUUAAUACCAUACUUUUGUUGCACAAUAAUUGGAAGUUCUUCAGAGAACUUAAAGAUGUUACUUCAUAAACAAUCUAUUUCUAGGUUAGCUUUUAGCUUAUCUAUUAAACAGUUUAAACUGUUUCGAAAGCCCUGGUAUUAGGACUAUAACCUUUGUAUUCUGACAUAUUGGUAAAUUAGUAUAUAGCUUGAUAAUACAAGUACAGUUGGCCAAAUAAGGUAGUUGCAUAACUGUAUUCACAGGUAGGGCCUUUCUAUUUUAUAUGUUAGUACGUCCUUAUGGCAGAAUAAUUUGUCUUAGCUGUAGAUAUUUCUUUUUUUCUUUUUUCUAUUGCAUAUUCAUUAAACCUUAAUUGUUGUGCUAUUGUAUUUUGAGAUUAUUUGUAAUGAAUCCCUUAUAUUCUUACUUAUAGCUUAAAUAAAGCAGUGGUACAAAUCA